AGGGAUAAGAAAGUUAGUUUGCGUCAUUUCUCUUCGGUUCAGAAUACGCUAAUAAAAGUCUCCCAUUCUUCAACGCUUCAUUUCCUACUACUCUCCAUUCACGGGUAUCAAAGCUUUGCGUUUCUUCAUAUUUCUCUCUCUCUCUCGCUGUCUCUCUCUCUCUCUCUCUCUCCCCUUUAAUUAGUUCCUUUCUCAACUUCUUAUGGAAAGUCCAAAAUCACCUCUACAGCCACCUACUUAUGGAAACCUAAUUACUAUUCUAAGCAUCGAUGGAGGUGGAAUCAGAGGGAUAAUCCCUGCGACUAUCCUUGCCUUUUUAGAGUCUGAACUUCAGAAACACGAUGGCGAGGAAGCAAGACUUGCAGACUAUUUUGAUGUGAUUGCAGGAACUAGCACUGGUGGCUUGGUGACCGCCAUGCUAGCAGCCCCUAAUGAACAGAACCGUCCUUUGUUUGCUGCCAAAGAUAUUAAGGACUUCUACCUAACUCACUGCCCCAAAAUAUUCCCCCAAGAUCAUAGUUGUCCCAUUAUUGCUCCUGCUACCAAGCUGGUCAAAUCUUUUACUGGACCAAAAUAUGAUGGAAAAUACCUGCACUCUAUCGUGAAGGAAAAGUUAGGAGAUGUUCGGUUGCACCAGACAUUGACAAAUAUAGUGAUUCCAACUUUUGAUAUCAGGAAACUCCAACCAACCAUCUUCUCCAGCUAUGAGGUGAAGAAACAUCCAAGCAUAGAUGCCUUACUUUCUGAUAUUUGUAUUGCAACUUCAGCUGCUCCUACUUAUCUUCCAGCCCAUUAUUUUGAGACCCAUGACCCCGAAGGAAAAGUGAGAAAAUUUGAUCUCAUCGACGGUGGUGUGGCAGCUAAUAAUCCGACUUUAGUUGCUAUCAGUGAAGUGACCAAAACAAUUACCCGAGGGAGUUCCGAUUUUUUUCCCAUAAAGCCAACCGACUACGGCCGGUUUCUGGUGAUAUCAUUAGGUACUGGUUCAGCAAAGACGGAAGAGAAGUACGAUGCUCAUAAAGCGGCUAAGUGGGGUAUGUUGGGAUGGUUGAACACUGAAAAUUCGAGUCCAUUGACCGAUGUGUUUAUGCAAUCUAGCAGCGACAUGGUUGAUUUUCACAUUUCUACAGUUUUUCAAGCCCUUCAUUCUGAAGCAAAUUAUCUAAGAAUUCAGGAUGAUACUCUAAUUGGACAUGAGUCGUCUGUGGACAUUGCCACUCCAACGAACUUGGAGAGUCUUGUGAGAGUUGGAGAAAGACUGCUGAAGAAACCAAUUGCAAAGGUAAAUUUUGAGACUGGAGCCUUUGAUCCUUCUACUUGGGGCACAAAUGAAAGGGCUCUCAUCAGAUUAGCGGAAGUACUUUCAAAGGAGAAGCGGGUUCGUGAAAUGAGGUCACCUCAUGGAAGGGUUGCAAACUUGAAAUAUUAACAAUUAUUUCAUCGACGUCAAACAAUUUAGACGCCUGGGAGAUGAUUUCUCGGAUUUUUCUUUCUUCAUUCAAAGCAAUUGAUUAAAAUAA